AUGGAUGAAUAUCAUUGUGAUGUAAAUCCAAACCACUCUUCUGAUCUAAACAAUAUUUCAUCAUCAUGUCCGGCGGAUAGAUAUUUUAUAGCGGAGUUUAAUUGCACCAACAUGUAUGUUUUGAGUGCGAGGAGGUUUAGAACUUCUAACGUGACGCAGAGUCACAAUUUUAUAUACGUAACAAAGGAGGAAAUGAUUCAAAAAACAACCAUCGAGUCUUGGCUUUCUGAGACGGAUAUACCUCAAGAUGCUUAUAGGGUUGUAGAGUCGAAGAUUUUAGAAUGUUUGGAGGAUAUGGUGAAAACGACGCACAAGAAUUCAACGGCUUUGCCUAUUCGAGUUGAUAUUUGCAUUCCAAGAGCUACCGAAGAUGAGAGUAGUGAAAGUGAGGUUGAUGGCGAUGAUGAAAUCGAUGAGAGUAGUGAAAGUGAUGAAGAUAUUAGCGAUCAAGAUCAAGAUAUUGAGUUUGUUCCUGCGGCAAAGUCGUGUAUUGAGAAAUUAGAGAAAGUUGAAAAAGAAGGAAAAUGUAGUAUCUGUUUCGAGGAUUUUAAUGUUUGUCUUGUUAUGCCAUGUUCGCAUAUGUAUCAUCCGAAAUGUAUCAGUGAUUGGUUGGAGAUAGGUCAUUCGUGUCCGUUGUGUAGGUUCGAGUUGCCUACUUGA